AUGGCGUGCUGCACUGUCUCCCCGCUGGAACCCAGGUCCAAGAGCGACUCUUUGCCGUCUUUUUCGCUACUAGACGACGCGCUGCACUCUCUCAUGAAGGAGCAGCUUGUUCGCGCGAUCGGGAAGACCCUCAGCAAACCAGGGAGCAUACACGGGUCUCUGGCAGCUGAGGAGUACUGUCCGCUCGACACCCAGAGGCACAACUCGGCUCCAGUGGACGCUAGCGCCCAAUGCAGCCUAGCUGACAGCGUGAAGGAGCGCAUCGCUUCUGGUGCAUACACACACGACCCCACAAAGAGCGCCUCCUCUGCGCCACCCAUGCAGCAGCAGGAGUCUGCCGAGGAAGAAACAGCGGUGGACACGAGGCGGCGACGGAUGUCAUACAGCGGCAACGCGCCGCCGCCGGCCGAGUUCUUCUGCCCCAUCAGCCACUGCCUCAUGACCGAGCCGGUGACCCUGCUCAACACCGGCAUCACCUUCAACCGCACCAGCAUCCAAGCCUGGAUGCGGACAGGCGCGCGGACGUGCCCGGUGUUGGGGCAGCCGCUGCAGGGCUGGAUAGCACUGGAGAGCAACGAGAAGCUGCGGCUGCGCAUCGUGGAGUGGGUGCAGGAGCAGGGCAUCAACUUCUCCCUCCUCGACAACGCCGCCGUGCUGAUGCACCAGCUCUACGUGCAGAUGGGCCAAUGA